AUGAACAGUUCAGUUUUAUCUUAUUCUGAUUUUUCAUCAUUAGACUUAUAUUAUGUCUCUGUUUCAUCGAAUAUUUUUCUUUAUGGAUAUAUAAUUAUGUUGAUUAUUGGAUUUACAGGUAAUAUUUGUCAAAUAUUAACAUUCUCACGUAAAACACUGAGAAAUAUUAGUACUGGUAUACUUUUCCUUGCAUUGAGUAUAUCCGAUACAAUUUAUCUGUUAUUAUCUUUAUAUGUUUUAAUUAUUUAUGGUUUUCAUGUUCCUGAUCAAUCAAAUUAUGCUAAAAAUUGUCAAUUUCGACAUUUUACAUCCUAUCUUUCGACAAAUUUCAGUGCAUGGAUGCUUACAACAAUUUCAUGUGAUCGUUGGAUACGUUCACAAUUUCCAAUUAAAGCUCAACAAAUUUGUUCACCACGAACAAUUAUUUAUUUAAUUAUUAUUGUUCUUUUCUUUGUUUGUCUUCUAUAUGUUCAUCUUCUUACACCAAUGUUUGGUCAAAUUGCACCAGGAAUAACAACUUAUUGUGGUGCUGAUAAACGUUAUUUAAGUUAUUCAUAUUUUUAUAAUGAAAUUUUUCCAGUUAUUACUAUUCUUAUUAUCAAUAUUAUUCCAGCAAGUUGUAUGAUAUUUUUUCUUGUAGGUAUAACUAUAAAUAUACAUAAACAUCGAAAUCGAAUUGUUCCUUUGCGACAAAUAAAUUUAAAUCAACAAGAAAAACGACGUGCUCGUUUUCUUCAUCGACAAAUGUUAAUACUCAUGAUUGUUACUCUAAUGCUUUUUUUUCUUACAACAUUUCCUGUUGCUUUAUUGGAAUUUACAAUAUCUACAUUGCAUAUUCAAGUAUCAUUUGCUUUUUAUCUUUUAUUAAUAUCUAUACUGGACUUUAUAACAAUAUUAAAUUAUUCAUUGAAUUUUUAUUUUCAUUGUUUAACAUCAAAAUUAUUUCGAAAAGAAUUUUUAAAAUGGAUUCCAUGUUCAAUUUCAAUUACUUUUCGUAAUUCAAAUCAUGCUGCUAUUGUACCUAACAAUCAACGAUAA